GUACUAGGGAUAUUUCCGGACGAGGUGCAAUUCGAUCUAAGUGAAGUUCUGAACAAAAACUGUGGCUAUUCUCCGUAUACUGAUCGGUCCAAACCGGAAGAUGGACGCAUUUUAGAAAACCCCUGGUUAGUAUUGUUCCGACAUCCCGAAGAGCGGGAAUGGUUUUGUCAAGGAACUCUCAUAACGGAACGACAUGUUCUGACUACGGCAAUCUGCACAGAAGCAAUUGUUCCUAACGAAACAAUCAUCGUUCUUGGCGAGUACGAUCGAUCAUCGGAUCCUGAUUGCGAAUCGGAAAACGUUUGCAAUUCAGCAUCAAUAAUUGAACGACUUCCCCACAACAUUCUUGUUCAUCCGGAUUUCCUAAACAAUACGUACGAAAAUGACAUCGCGGUGAUAACGUUGAACAGGAAGAUCAUCUACAAUAAGAAUGUGAUGCCAAUCUGUUUGCCAUUGACACCAAUUAUCCCUUCAUUGAUUCAUGCCCCGAUCGCUUACAACACCCUGUGGACAGCCGAACACAACGUACCCAAGCAAAUUCGAAUGCAGUACAUCGCUCAAAAUAAGUGCCAAGAACGGAUGCGUCAUCUGCUCUUGUUGCACGAGGGACAAAUCUGCGCCCAGUAUGCGAAACGUGUUGAUAUUAAGAUUACUAGCGGUUCCGGAUCACCAUUGCUGCUCGAGUAUCACGAUCGAACGUUUCAAUUUGGGAUUCUUUCAAUCGGUCUUCCCGACGCUACUUAUUUAGAGCCGUACGUGUAUGUAAACAUUUCCACUCACAUCAAAUGGAUCCAUGAUACACUGAUUGAUGGAUUUGGACAAUAAACAAGUUAAUUUAUUGAUAAUGA